AUGAAGUUCUCUGUCGCUGCUCUCGCUGUCUUGGCCACCGCUGUCUCGGCUCAGUACGACCAGCCUCCUCAGCAGUACGGUCAGCAGUCGCCUCAGCAGUACGGCCAGCAGCAGUAUCAGCAGCCUCAACAGUAUCAAUACGGCCCUCCCCCAGUACAGAACAAGUACUCCCCGGCUGAGGCUCAGGCUUGGCACAACUGCGUUAACGGUCUCCUGGAUCAAUUCAACCUCGGCCAUGAUAAGUCGCAGGCUGGUUGCUCCUUCUGGACUUGCCUUGAGACCACUGCCGGCCAAUACAACCGUGGAGGUGCCCUUGCUACGAUUGGCCAAGGAGUCAGCUUGGCUUGCAAGGGUGUUGGUUUCCUCCCUGGCAACUGGAUUUAA